AUGUCAGACGACGGCAAUCAAGAUGAAUUCGAGUACGAAUGGCCAUCUGAUGAUGGUGGUUAAAAUGAAGAAGACGAGAGUGAAAUCUUGCUUAAAAAUACGUUUUAUGAGGCUGACGAAAAUAAGAAGACCAGACCGAAGGAGGCUCUUGAAUAGUAUGAAAAUGUAGUGCUAUUGGAAGAGCAGAUGGGCGAGGAGAUUAACUUCAGAUUCAAGGCUCUAGAAAAUAUUGUUGUGCUUUCAGCUUAACUUGGUCUGCAUCAGAAUAUGAUCAACAAACAGAAGAACUUACUCAAGCUUAUCAAUAAGGUAGCAAGAAAUGAUGUAUCUGAUGCCAUUAACAACAUAUUGGAUGCAGUUGCAACACAUUUAACAAGCAAUCCUGAUUCUUAGAGAGAAAUGUAUCAGAUGACUCUGGAGCAUCUAAAAUCAAACAACGAGAGACUUUGGUUCAACAUCAGCUUGAGAUUGGGUAAGAUCUACCUCGACUUGAAAAACUACGACUUGCUUGAUAAUUUGCUCACUGAACUCAAAGAGAACUGCAGACAACAGAACAACUCAAAUGAAUACGACUAAAGCAAGGGCAAUCUUCUCCUUGAAGUUUUUGCCCUUGAAAUUUAAAUGUGCACUGCCACAAAGAACAAUUUCAGAAUGAAAAGUGUUUAUCCAUAAACAUUAAACCUUAACUCAGUCAUUAAUGAUCCAAGAGUGCUCGGAAUUAUAAAGGAGUGCGGAGGAAAGAUGUUUAUGAGCGAAAAAAAAUGGGACAAGGCUCUUGAGGAACUUUUCGAAAGUUUCAAAAACUAUCAAGAAUCAGGAAAUUCAAGAGCAAAGACAGUGUUAAAGUAUGUCAUUUUGGCAAGUAUCCUUUCAGGAUCCUCCAUCAAUUACAGUGGCACUAGAGAGGCAAAGGUGUACAACGAUGAUCCAUAGAUUAUUGCUAUCAUGAACUUAAGAACAGCUUUCGAGAAUAACGAUAUUAACUAGAUUCUUGAAAUAUUAAAUGAUAAAAAUUCUCAAAUCCUUGAUGAUCCAUUCAUUACCUAAUAUCUUGAUGAUUUACUCAGAGGAAUAAGACUUAAUGUGCUCAUUGCUCGAGUUAAACCAUAUAAAUCAGUUAGUAUUAGUUUCUUAGCCUAGCAGUUGAACGUUUCCAAAGAAGAAAUUAGAGGUUUGCUAGCAGAACUUAUCUUGGAGGAAAAAAUUAAGGGAGAAAUUGAUCAAUUAAAUGGCUAUCUAGAACUGGGAAGCAAUGAAACUUAGGGAUCAUAGAAGAAUGUGGCUAUGACUCAAUGGGCUAAGACUCUUGUAAAUUUGCACUAACAACUCAUUAAGAAACUACCCUAGUGA